UACCGGUUUCACCAGAGGUCACACUCAGCAGUUCAGACAACAACACUACAAUCCAAUCAUAGCAAAACACCUUCUUCCCAAGCGUCAUGCUCGUGAAAUGUACUACCAGACUCAGUUGGUCUGCCCAUCACUGGAGGUCUUCCGGAGUCCAUUGUCUCUACGUAAAUUCUGCGCAAACUGGGACGUUGAAUGCCAGAAAACAGGACACGUAGACACCACAUCGUACAUGUAGUAACAACCAAACAAUGCCAGAGACUUCAGUGAUCCAGAGAAGUUCCGAGUGGUUUGAGUUGAGGCAACACAUGCAGCUGACUGCUUCCAAGUUUGGAGACGCAAUCGGUGUGGGACAGGGACGACCCUAUGAUUUCUUCUUAUCGCUGCUCUCAGACGAUGCCUGCUCUCGGGAGAAUGAAGAGAGCGAGCACACAAGGCACGGCACGCAAAUGGAGCCCAUCAUAGACGAGGCCUAUCAGCUCUUGACUGGAAACACGACACAUGCGGCUGGCUUUUGGCAGCCACCAGAGGGCAGCAUACUGCAUGGCCUGUGCGGAGCAACACCUGAUGGCAAAAUUUUGUCAACUGAUGAGCCAGUGAAGCUCCUGGGACUAGUGGAAUACAAAGCUCCUUUCUACCGGAUGUAUGAUCCCUCCAAACAUCCACACGGCAUACCUAGACACUACAUGGCGCAGAUCCAGGGCCAGAUGGGUAUCUGUGAGGCCCCUUGGUGUGACUUCAUGGCAGUGUGUACCCAGACCAGGGCUAUCAGUCUCCAAAGGGUCUACUUCAACAGGACCUACUGGCAGUGUGUAGCCAAGAAACUCCGGCAGUUCUGCUUGAUACUCAAGGAGGCCAAGCAGAGGAGGGUCUUGAACCAACAGGCUCUCAAUUUCCCAGGUAUCCAGAGACUGAAGGCUGAACCCAUUGCAAGAACAUUGCUUCCUGGAGAGAACAGCAUCAGAGUAGAGAACCUAUUGGAGGUCGACAGCAAGGGCCAGUUCAGAUCAUUGUCGGGCACAUGGAUGGCAUUUGAUUUUUUGAUGGGUAACCCGGUAGCGGGUACCAGCAGUCUACAGGGCUACCAGUACGAGUGGAUCCUUCGGGAAAUAGACAGUAAGAUUAGGAAUCGUAACGCUCCAGCUGCGGCAGGGAUUACAUAGCAAUGGAUUGCCUCAGUCAUUAACUGUACAUUUCAUCAUGUACUAAUGGAUCUCAUACAACAGAACUCAUGGUCUGAACACAGCCUCAACGUCAUGGUGGAUGGUGGAUUUGGAGUCUGACAAGAACUGUGUUUCGGC